AUGGAUGUCCUGAGCUCCAAAAUUGAUGAUCUGCACCUCAAAAUCUCGGAACAAGCUGCGGUGGAAAAGAUCAGUGGGCGAAAGAUCUUCUUUUUGGGAGAAAGCAAGGAGUCAGUCUUGACUCAACUUGUUCUUAUGAAGGAUCAGGUCCAUGAAGCUGUUCUUUACGGUCUCUCACAGGACACCGACGGAGUUGCGGCAGGCGUCAACAUUGGUCUGGAAGGUAUUGAAAACUCCCAAGAAGUGAGCUUGUUUUUCAAAUCAGCUGCUGCGAAUUUCUGUAAAGCCAGCAUCUCUGCACGUUUCAUCAAGGAGGUCACCGGCGGAUGCGAACCAAGGUCCUGUACGCAACUCAAUGCUUUCACCGUUGUCCAAGACAAUAAGAGACGCAACAGGCUCAUGUUAUUUGGCACCGUUCGAGAAGUUGAUGGGGCCUUCCGUAACGUAGAGAUAUCUCCAUAUCACGUAUUUGAUGACGAUGCUAGCGGAGAUGGGCGAGUAUUCGCUUGUAUCGGCUUAGCAGCAAGAUUCCGCCGGACAGACCUGUUACGAUAUUUUGAUAGUCAGAGUAUUGGAAUUAUGAAUCUGGACGAUGGCUUCAGCGCGCUUUCAGGGUUCUGGCAGGGGAUUGUGGACAUUCCUUUGAUGUUUGCGGAUUCUAGUUCUGUGGCGAUGCUAGACUACUCUGCGGAAGUUUUCGCCGAGUUCGACAUUUGUGAUGACUCUGAAAACUCAGUACCUACAGGCUGCUUGAGAGCCCAUAACUCGAAUCUAGACAGGAUGGUACGUAUGAUGGGGGACAUCAUUCGAGUUCUUGAAGCGAAGAACUUCGAACUCGAGGAACAGGGUUGUUCCCAAAGCACAUCGUUGCUCAGUUUGUCAGUUACACGAGGCAAAUAUUCAACUGAAAUUUGCCGUCUGCUCUGCGAAAACGGCGUCAACGUUUACACGACAGAUAAAUGUGGGAGAAAUGCUCUGGAUCGAGCGAUGUACUCACAAUGUGGACAACGGGGAGAGGAGGGCUUCCUCGAAGAGAGACUCGCUUUCUAG